AUGAAAUCAUUACUAGUUUCCGUUAUUAUACUGGCAAUUAGCAUAUUCUGGAUAGCAUCAGCGAGACAUGUUCCCGAUCCAAUCACUCUUAUGAAGGAUUUGGAGCAAGUAGAGGAUAUCAUUGAAAAUCCCAAUUACGUUGAGGUGGAUCCAUCGCUCUUCAGAAACUUUUUGCACGUAUUUCGAAAAAAAUUUCUUCCAAAUGAGGCAUACGACGGAGAUUAUUAUGAUGCUUAG